AUGAAGAUCUCAAAUACUUUGACCCAAGCCUUGGGGAUUUGGUUGUCAAUCAGCGGUGCAGUUGAGGCCAAGGAACACUCUCGAAACGACGCGUGCCAGCCACAUCACCCAUUCAAGCCCCUUCCGGCCACCCAUGCCAGAACUCGCACGUGUCAUGUAGCCAAUCAUGGCAAUGGACGCGACGAUUCAGCCAAUGUUCUCAAGGCAUUGAAGAAAUGCAACAACGGCGGAAAGGUUGUCUUUGAUGCCGGCAAGACAUAUACGAUUGGAAAGGCACUUGACAUGACUUUUUUGAAGCAUGUAGAUCUUGAAAUCCAAGGUCAUGUCCAAUUUACUGAUGACACGGAUUAUUGGCAAAAGAAUGCGUUCAGCCAUGUAUACCAAAACGCUACAACCUUCUUCCAGAUCGGUGGUGAGGAUGUCAAUCUCUACGGUGAAGGCACCCUGGAUGGAAAUGGCCAGGUGUGGUAUGACUUGUAUGCAAAGGAUCCCCUUAUCCUGCGACCAAUCCUGGUGGGUAUCAUUGGACUGAAUGGAGGUACCAUUGGACCUCUCAACCUUCGCUAUUCGCCUCAGUGGUAUCACUUUGUGGCAAACUCAUCCAACAUCCUCUUCGACGGAAUUGAUAUCAGUGGAUACAGCAGCAGUAAGAAUGUGGCUAAGAAUACUGAUGGAUGGGACCUCUAUCGUUCCACCAAUGUUGUUAUCCAGAACUCUGUGAUUAACAAUGGAGACGACUGCGUCUCGUUCAAGCCUAAUGUUACCGACAUUCUGGUUCAGAGCCUUCAUUGUAACGGCUCCCACGGUAUCUCCGUCGGCUCUCUGGGCCAAUACCCGGGUGAGGUUGAUAUCGUGCAGAAUGUGCUUGUGUCCAAUAUUUCCAUGUUCAACGCAUCGGAUGGUGCGCGUAUCAAAGUGUGGCCUGGGGCUUCCGCUGCAAUGUCUACCGAUCUCCAGGGCGGCGGUGGAUCCGGCCUGGUGAAGAACAUUACCUAUGACGGAAUGACCAUUGACAAUGUCGACUAUGCCAUCGAAGUGACCCAGUGCUAUGGUCAAAAGAAUUUGACUCUAUGCAACGAGUUCCCAAGCAAACUUGUUAUUGAAGAUAUUGUCUUCAAGAAUAUCAAGGGUGUCACCUCUGGCAAACGCGACCCUUAUGUGGGGAUGAUUGUCUGCUCGAGCCCUGAUGUUUGCUCGAAUAUUAACGCCAGUAACAUUGAUGUUAUUAGCCCCGAUGGGGAUGAUCAGUUCACUUGCACAAAUUUAGAUCAGAUCGGCCCAACCAAUGCCUUCGACUGGGCCGCGUUCGUUUCAAAUCGCAAUGACACCUACCCCUGCAUCACACCAACAGGAACCGAGCUUGUAGGCAAAUCCAUCUUUAUCACGGGUGCUUCAAGAGGAAUUGGACGGGCAACAGCGAUCCGCUGUGUAAAAGCUGGCAUCUCGAAGAUCGCAAUCGCAGCUCGCUCAUCGCUGGAUAAAGUCGUGAAAGAGCUGAAAGCAGAAGCUGCAAACUCAAAUCUUCCAGAGCCACAAAUCCUCGCAUUAGAGGUUGAUGUUAGCUCAAAGGAAUCAGUACAAGCUGCUGCAACAGCAGUAAAUGACUCUUUCGAAGAAAAAUUGGAUAUUCUCGUGAACAAUGCCGGAUAUCUACCGGAACUGAUACCCAUUGUCGACUCCGACCCAGAGGAUUGGAUGAAAGGAUGGGAUGUCAACAUCAAGGGCCCGUACCUAUGCUGCCGCUAUCUCCUUCCAAUGAUAUUGAGAUCCAACACAAGAACAAUCAUCAACUUGACAUCGAUUGGAGCUCACUUGCUGACGACGGGUGGGUCUGCGUAUCAGAACUCCCGGUUUGCUAUCUGCCGCUUUUCAGAAAGCCUUGCCCGCGAGCAUAGAAAUGAAGGCCUGAUUGCGCUGGCUCUUCAUCCCGGGGCCAUCAGGACGGAAAUGGCAGACAAACUAGAAGGUAUCUUCCCAGAUAUCUUUGUUGAUACGCCAGAGCUUCCAGCAGAUAUCAUUGUGUGGCUUGGAAAGGAAAGACGUGAGUGGUUGAGUGCUCGGAUGGUCAGUGCAAAUUGGGACGUGGAGGAGCUGGAGGGGAAAAAAAGUGAGAUUGUUGAAAGAGAUUUGUUCAAGUUCCGGAUUACACUAUAA